AUGAAGAUUCUUAGUUGGAAUGUGAGGGGUAUUGGAAGUGCGAGGAAAAGAAUGACGAUUAAAGAGGUAAUAAAGAGGUAUGACCCAGACAUUGUAUUACUGCAGGAAUCCAAGAGAAUGGAGUUUAAUAAUAGAUGGGCAAGAAGUAUUUGGAAAGUCAGGGGGAUUAGUUGGGUGGUUGCUCCCUCUUGGGGUGCUUCAGGGGGGAUUUUGACAAUGUGGAAGAAGGAUGUGGUGGAUGGCCAGGAGGAACUGAUUGGAAAAUACUCAAUCUUAGCGAAGUUCAAGCAACAAGAGGAUGAUUUUGUGUGGGUGCUCACAAAUGUUUAUGGGCCAAUUGAUUACAGAGAACAAAAUGAAUUGUGGGAGGAACUGACUGAUAUUAGGGGACUUUGGGAUGAGCCAUGGUUUGUGGAUGCUUUUGAACUCAAAGAGAUACCAUUAGCCCAAAAGACAUUCACUUGGUCAAAUCUCCAAUCGAGGCCCACCUGCUCCAAGUUGGAUAGGUUUCUGCUCACUUUGGAUUGGGAAGAACAUUGGGGAAACCUGGACUCUAAGGCUCUUCCAAGAUUGACCUCUGACCAUUGGUCAAUAAUGAUAUGCAAGGAGGAAAGGAGGAAUGGUGGACCUGCCCCCCUUAGGUUUGAGAAUAUGUUGUUGCUCCACCCUAGAUUCACUAAAAGAGUAAGGGAGUGGUGGUACGAGUGCAACCCAAUGGUGGAGUGGGAAGGAAUGAGGUUCCAUAGGAAGCUACAAUUCUUGAAAGCAAAGAUCAAGGAGUGGAACCAAUUGGAGUUUGGAAGGCUUGAAGAAAGGAAGAGAACCUUGAUGGACAAGAUUGAGAGCCUUGACUUGAAAGAAGAAAGGGGAGACUUUGGAGAGGCAAACAAGGAACAAAGAAGAGGUUUGAGAAGCCAACUUGAGGACUACCUACAUGAGAAGGAAUUAGCUGAAGGAGCCUUUGUGGGACAUUUUAAAUCAAUUCUAAGAAGGCCUGUAAGUAGGGGGGUAUGGUUAGAAGGAUUGAAUUGGCCAGAUAUAGGAGAUGAUAACAGGAGAAUAUUGGAGAGAAUGUUUGAUUUGAAAGAGAUUAAGGUGGCUAUUUUCUCUAUGAAUAGAACAAAAGCUCCAGGACCGGAUGGUUUCACAAUGGCUUUCUACCAAGACUAUUGGGAUACAGUGAAAGAUGAGCUUUUGUUGGUUUUUGAGGAAUUUCAUAGGAGAGGAGUGGUUAACCCAAGUGUGAAUUCCACCUUUCUAGCCUUGAUUCCAAAAAAGAAAGAUGCAUUGCAUCCAAAGGAUUUCAGGCCAAUCAGCUUGGUGAAUAGCUUGUACAAGACCCUUGCAAAGGUGUUGUCUCUAAGGUUGAAGGAAGUAUUGCCAACUAUUAUCUCACCAAAUCAAGGAACUUUUGUGAGUGCAAGACAAAUAAUAAAUCAAAUUCUAAUUGCUAAUGAGAGUGUGGAGCAUUUCAGGAAAGAGGGGAAGAAAGGAGUGGUCUGUAAGUUGGAUAUGGAAAAAGCCAAUGAUUUGGUGGAAUGGGAAUUUUUGAGGAAGGUGAACUUUGAGAAAAGUUGUGUAGUUGGUGUGAAUAUGGAGGAAGGUGAGGUCAGGGAGACUGCAAAAGUGCUUGGGUGUGAAGUUUCAAAGUGGCCUUUGAAUUAUUUGGGGUUACCGUUGGGUGACAACCCAAAGAGAGAGAGCUUCUGGAAUCUGGUGGUGGAAAGUUUUGAAAAGAAACUUGUCUCUUGGAAAAGGAAUUACCUUUCUAUGGGUGGGAGGAUAACACUGAUUAAGGCUACUCUAGCAAAUUUACCUAUUUAUUUCCUUUCAGUGUUCAAGAUCCUGGUAAAGGUUGCCAAUAGAUUGGAAAAGAUGAUGAGACACUUCCUUUGGGAGACGGGAGAGGAGAAAAGGGAUCAUAGAGUAGCUUGGGAGGUGGUGACUAGGAGUAAAAAUAGUGGUGGUCUGGGGCUCGGGAACAUUAGAAACAGGAAUUUGGCUCUUCUGGGGAAAUGGUAUGACUUGAACUCUGGUAAUGCUAUAAAAUUUUGGGAACAAACUUGGGUGGGGGAUGGUCCCUUAAAGGACCAGUUUCCUUCUUUGUGGCACAUGAAAAGGGGCAGGAUUAUGUGGAGAGGAUUGAGGGCUGCGGUUUGCUGGUCCUUAUGGGAAGAAAGAAAUGCUAGGAUUUUCUCGAAAGUUGAGAAAAGCACUGAGGAGUUGAGGGCCUUGAUCCUUAUAAGGGUGGUACAGUGGAUGAAAUCAUUAGAGCUAUUCACAGAUUAUACAAUGGAUGACAUGUUGAGGAAUUAG